UCACUAUCACUAUUCCCCAGAAAAUGGUUCAAACCCUAGUCCGAACCAUAGCCAUGGCCGCCACCACCACCACUCGCAACGCCACAAUCUCCUCCCUCAUCCCCAAACGCCUCCUCUCCUCCACCUCCAGAAUCAGCCAACCUCCCUCCAUCCCCUCUCUCAUCCUCGGCCGUCGAUCUCUCGCCCCGCUCUCCCACGCUGUCCGUCCCUUCCCCGCAGCCGCCGCCACUCGGUUCACCGCCAUCCGCUGCCGCGUCAACCGCUCCGGCGGGUCGUACUCCCCCCUCAACUCCGGCUCCAACUUCAGCGACCGGCCGCCGACCGAGAUGGCUCCACUCUUCCCCGGCUGCGACUACGAGCACUUCCUCAUCGUCAUGGACAAGCCCGGCGGGGAAAAUGCCACCAAGCAGGACAUGAUCAAUUGCUAUAUCCAGACCGCCGCUAAAGUCCUCGGCAGUGAGGAAGAAGCGAAGAAGAAGAUCUACAAUGUGUCGUGCGAGAGGUAUUUUGGUUUUGGCAUAAACAUUGAUGAGGAGACCUCCAACAAGCUUGAAGGUUUGCCCGGAGUUCUUUUUGUGCUUCCGGAUUCGUAUGUUGAUGCUGAGAAUCAAGACUAUGGGGCUGAGUUGUUUGUGAAUGGAGAGAUAGUUCAAAGGUCUCCGGAAAGGCAGAGGAGGGUGGAGCCACAACCCUCACGAGCUCAGGACAGACCACGAUACAAUGAUAGAACUCGAUAUGUGCGCAGAAGGGAAAAUGUGCGGUAAAAGAAUGGCAGGCUUGCAAUGUAAAUAAUUUGAUUGCUAUGGUGAGAUGUGGUGCCAGCAAGCAUAUGGAUGGAGCUAGUCCUUAUGAGUCAUGAUUGUGCUGCCGGUUGGUUGAUAAGUGCUUUUAAGUAGCUAUGAAAUUUGAUUGUGAUUCUCCGCUGUGAUGAGAUUGAAAACCUAGAAGCAAUUUCAUAAUUUGUGAUAAUUUUGAUUACUUCCAUCU